AUGACUACCCAGAACCUCAUUGUUGUCAUCGGAGCCACGGGAGGCCAAGGAGGCUCCGUCGUCGACACUUUUCUCAAUGAACCUAAUUGGCGAGUCCGAGGCAUCACCCGCAGCUCGUCAAGCCCGAAAGCAGAAGCUCUUAAAGGCCGUGGAGUCGACGUCGUCCAAGCCAACCUAGACGAUGCCGCCUCUCUCGUCCCUGCUUUUGAAGGUGCCAAUGCUAUUUUUCUCGUUAGCGAUUUCUGGGCCAUCUAUAACGAGCUGUCCGAGAAACCCAACGCACACCCUGGGAAGUCGCUUAACGAGCAGGCCAAGGAGCGGGAGACGCAGCAGCUCAACAAUGCUAUUGACGUAGCUGCUAAACUCUGCAGCCUGAGCCGCUUGGUGAUCUCGUCGCUUCCACAUGUGGCGAAACUGACCGGCGGCAAAUACACCCACGUGUACCAUUAUGAAUCCAAGGCCGACGCGGAGGACUAUGCGAAGGAGAAGUACCCGGAUCUGUGGUCCAAGAUUAGCAUCUUCAAGGCUGGCUUCUUCUUGAGCAAUUUCACGGAUCACCCAAUGUCUCAGCCGACCAAGAAGGAAGAUGGCAGUGUUGAAUUCGUGUCCAACCUAAACCCCGACGCCAAAUUUCCCUUCAUCGUGCAAGACGAGGACACUGGACCGAUUGUCAAGGCUCUGAUCAACGAGGCACCGGGAAAGAGCGUCAUGGGAUGGAGAGAGUGGCUUACACUGCGCGAAGUUGUGGCUAUCUUUAACAAAGUGACUGGUUACAAAGCCAAGACUGUUCAACUUCCCAUGGGUCAGUUUGGGUUUGAUUGCCCACCUGACUUGAAGCCUGAGCUUCUGGAGAACUGGGCGUUUGCCAACGAGUAUGGGCUUGAGGGCAGUAAUGAUUCUGAUAUCAUUCACCCAAAGGACCUGGACUCGCCUCCCAAGUUGGGCACCGUUGCGGAUUGGCUGAAGAAGCAAGAUUGGGACAAGGUUAUCCCCAAAACAAAAGCAACUCGCGAAGGCUUCGCUCAACUACUACCAGACUCGUACGACUUUCAAGGCAUCAGCGUUCCCUCUCAUGUCGCCGAGCAACCAUUUUCAGACGAAGAAACCCUCCUCGGAGCAACAAACAGGGCACGAAAUGCCCAGAAAGAACUACCAGACGCCGACUUUUGGGUUGGAAUCGAGGGAGGAGUCGAGCCUCGUGACGGAUCAAUCUUUAAUUUUGCGUGGAUUGUCGUCAUUGGAAGGAAUGGAAAGCUGGGAAGGGCUCGAACUGCCGGAUACUUUCUGCCGGAGAAGACGUGUGAGUUGUUGAGGCAGGGCGUGGAGCUGGGACAUGCAGACGACAAGAUAUUUGGACAGACAAACUCCAAGAACAAGAAAGGCUCAGUUGGAAUUCUGACGGAUGGCGUUGUUGAUCGAGCGGACUUUUAUACCCAGGCGGUCAUCUUGGCUUUGAUUCCCUUCAAGAAUGCGUCAUUGACAUUCUGA